GCCACUUAGACGUUUUGGUCUACAAUCUUCGUCGUGCUAACGAUGAGACCUUUACUGUUCAUAGCCUCGUCCCUACGGCUUUUCUGCAAGUAUGGAUAUGGGCGCAUUUCCGAGGGUGUUGUCCUAAGCUGAAGAAGUUGGACGCUGUCCGUGAGGUGGUUUAUGUGGACCGUGGUCGAGAAUGUCGAGUACAUACUUCUGCUAAUAUCCCAGGAUGGCUCUGUAUGAGAGGGUUUCUUCUAAGCAAGAAUUCAAUUUUUGCGAGGCCUUGGACAAGAUCGAGGAGUUCUCCUUUCGUCCUGAUGAUGAUGACAUUUGUGGUGUGGAAUCUUGUGCCUUUGGUGUUAGCGAGACCAACCAUUGGUCUCAUGCCAAGCCUAAUACGGAGACUGGUGUUGCUUGGGACUUCAUUGCAUCGGUUACUCCUUGUUUUCUUCCUGGUUUCUUUGAAGGAGAGUUCUGUGCCACCUCUUAUAACAUUGAGCAUGUGGCGCGUCAAGUUGGGUAUGAUCAAGGUGGGUCGACGGUGCUUAGACCUUCUGUUCUAUCAUCUCCUAAGGUAGUGGCUACUAGUUUUAAUCAAUUUGUCUUUGGUUCUUAUUCUGCUUUCAUUUCCAAUCUUCCUGCGAAACGGCUACGUCCUUACAUUGGUCGAAGGUUAUCGGUAACUCGUGUUUGGCAAAACUUCUGGGCUCGUGAGACUAAAGUGUUGGAGAGAUUUUGUUCUUCUACCCUGUUCGUGACGCCCCCAACGAUUCCCAGGAUACUAUCGCUGCGGCUAAGCUCCAAUCUCGAAAUGCAUGGAUGCUGCUCCUCGCAGCAAGCCUGUGUCGACGGGUACUCGAAUUCGAACCAAAGGAGUGUCGUCUAGGGGUCAUACUCUUAGUACCUUUGGCGGUACCUCUGGGGCUGGUGCUAGUUGUGUUCCAGAGGUGCAUACUCCUAUGAUGGGCCCACCUUCUCAGUGUCUUGUUGACUAUUUGGAUAACUCGGGUCGGGAUACGCCUGGGAGGUAUUACGGUGAAACCCCAUAUCGUGAUGAUGAAGCCUUCGGUCUUUUCAAUGCUCCGUCCCCAGGACUCCUUGAACGUACUGGUCGAGUUCCUCCUCACUCUUUACAGAAAAUGAGUAAGCAACCACGCCCAGAAAUGCAGGAUACUAUUCCUCCCGUCAGUGGCGGAACUAGACAUUGGAUAUAGGGAUGGCUGGAGCUUUUUUCAGGGCUUGCUUAAGAAUAAAACUCAUAGACCAAUUGUGGCCCAACUUAAAAAAGGCUUUGAAAAAAAUGACUUUUUCUCUUGUUAGGGCUGGCUUAAGCUAGCCCUAGUCACAAGGUAGUUCCGCCCCUGCCUCCCGUUGUCCUCAAGGUGAAACGCACUCGUGGUAUGGCGCACUCUUCACCUGACAUAGAUGGUGGUGCUGUGCAGACCUCACCUCCUACUUCCUCUGUUGGGGAACACCAUGCAAGCCCCAGGGAUCCUCGUGAGGUCGUUCUUCCUGCAUUCAAACCAUUUGUUGAUAAGGCUUCACUUGGGGUUGGAUAUGAAGACUACGUCGAGGUUGGUGGGUUUUGGGUCGCACCAAAGCAUGAGCAACGUUACGACAAGCUCCUUGUUCGUUAUGGUACUCAUCCAGCCAGUGGGUCUCCUACGUUGCAUGUUCCCUAUUUGGUUAAUCAGACCAACAUUCUGUUGGACGUAAUCGCAAGCAUGAGGAUACGCGUGCCCCUCCUCCUUAUGAAGAGACGAUGCAGUAUUGGAGGACCGUGAUUAGGAUUUGUGAUGAGUCUCUCAACUUCAAUGUUGCAUGGGUUGUCGCUCUCUGGGAGAGGGUUUAUAAAGCGAAUGAUCGUUGUUCUCAACUCUCGAAGAUUAUUGCUGACGCUGAAGCACGUCUGAGCAAUAUCAAGAAGAACUGUCCGCUGCGGAUUCAGCUCAUACCACUACUCUGGAUGCAGCGGCCAUUGCUUUUACCAAGUCAGAGCAAUCAAAAGGAAAUAUUGAAGAGCAGAACCGUAUCAUUCAUGAGGCGAGGGAGGAGAUGCGUUCUCGUGCUGCUCGGAACUAGUAUUUUAUUUUCGUUUAUCGUUGGUUACCGUACCUUGUCUUUCCCUUUUCUUUUGGACCGCAGAGAUUGUGUGCGCUUGGCAAGUGUUGUGUCAGAGCAUGUAUCUGUUUGAAUCCCUAUGUGA